GCGAGGCCCUUGCAGUAGCCCUCUCCAGCCACCUCGAUUUUGGAAACCAGCCACCCAAAGGGCAUCAUCAAAGGGAUCAAUGAUCGUGGAUUUGAUCCUUAGCCCAAAGGGCGGGCGGCUUGCUGCAGUCGCUUCGACGCCACGGCCGUAUCAAGCAAGACGUGCAGCACCUGCUGGACCAGCCCUGAAACAUGGACGCAGCCGUAGCUGUAGAUGUCCGGGGGGCUGCCCUGUAGAUGUAGGUGUAGGUGGUGCAAAGCAGAUUGAUGCACCGCUGCAGCCUCAACUCAACCCGACUGCAUUGAGCACUCGCAACAGCGCUGUAGCCGCUGAAAGAGCCCGCUGGAAAAGCCGUCGCUGCUGCUCCCUGGAAGGGCGGGUGCAUCUUGCAGUUGGCGCUCCGGCCAAAGCGGUGCUGUCGCAGCAUCCGUGCUCCCUUUGCUGCGGGACGCCAAAAAACAACCUGAGCCUGUAUCCAUCCAUAUCUCUCCGGCUACGGCACACACCCUCUUUUCUCUUCUCUUUUUAACCUCUGCAUUGCCGUGGGCAUGCUGAGCAACCACCUCGGCCAAACUUUUUUAUUUUUUUUUAUUUCCCUCAUCCAUCUCUUAUACUUAUUGUUAGGUUUGAUCCGUCGUCAUCACGGCACUUAU